AUGGAACAUCGAGCACCAUCUUUUUCUAUCACUUACAAAUGGACUUAUGAUGUGUUCCUUAGUUUUUAUGGUGAUGAUACUCGCUUAGGCUUCACCAGCUAUCUCUACCAUGCUCUGCAUCAAAGUGGAAUUCAUGCCUUUCUCGAUGAUGAAUUCAUUAGGAUCGGAGAAAAUAUCACACCCGCGCUUUUCGAAGCUAUACAAGAAUCAAGAAUAGCCAUCAUAGUUUUCUCAGAAAACUAUGCAAACUCAACAUUUUGUUUGCAAGAACUUGAAAAGAUUCUGGAGUGCUUCAAGGAAGAGAGUCGGUUGAUAUAUCCAGUAUUUUAUUAUGUGGAUCCAUCAGAACUACGACGUCCCAGAGGAAGCUAUGCAAAAGCAUUGGCUCGACUGGAGAAAAGAUUCAAAGACAAUAGGCUCCAGGUGGAAAAAUGGCGGCUUGCUUUAUCUCAAGCUGCUGAACUCAAAGGCUGUCAUCUCAAACCCAAGAUUGCAAAUGAACAAGAGUGUAUUACAAGGAUCACUGAUGAAAUUGCUGCUAAGAUUAACCAGCAGCGUUUGCACAUUACAGAUUAUCAGGUUGGGAUUGUGCCUCGAGCCAAGGAAGUUAUCUCUUGUUUAGAUCUUUGGUCUACUGAAGAAAAAAAAAUGAUAGGAAUUUGGGGAGCUGGGGGAAUAGGUAAAUCCACUAUUGCAAGAGCUAUAUAUAAUUCCAUUGCUGAUCAUUUUGAAGGCUUAUGUUUUCUUUCUAAUGUAAGAAAACAUUCUCAAAAUCCAACUGAUUUGUCACAUCUUCAAGAGACAUUAUUAAGUACAUUAGUUAAGGAGAAAGAUCUCAAAUUGGGUGACUAUCAUGAAGGAAUACCAAUAAUAGAACAUAGGCUUAGUAAGAAGAAGAUUCUUUUGAUUCUUGACGAUGUUGACAAAUUAGAACAAUUAAAAGCACUUGCUGGAAGUUGUAACUGGUUUGGUUGUGGAAGUAGAAUCAUCAUCACAACCAGAAAUAAGAAAUUAUUAGUCAGUCAUGGUGUUACAAGCAUUUAUGAUGUCAAGGAAUUAGAUGAUAAGGAAUCUCUUAAGUUGCUUAGUUGGCAUGCCUUUGAAAAAGAAAACGUGGAUUCCAACUAUAUGGAGGUUUGCAAUCAUGCCAUAAAUUAUUCGUGCGGUUUUCCAUUAGUUUUAGAAGUGAUUGGUUCUAACUUGCGCGGUGAAGGAGUUAAUAUCUGGAGGUCUGCAUUGGAUCAGUUUAAAAGCAUUCCGCAUGAAAGUAUUUUGGGUGCCUUCAAAUUAAGCUAUGACACUUUAGGAGAAGUGGAGAAACAAGUUUUCCUUGACUUGGCUUGUUUUUUCAAUUAUGAGAAAUUAGCACUUGUCAAUGAUAUGUUGCUAUGUGUUCGUGGAAUCCGAUUAGAAUAUGCUAUUAAAGUGUUGACUGAUAAAUCCCUAAUAAAGAUUGAGCGAGAUUGUGUAAUAAUGCAUGACUUGAUAGAAGGUAUAGGUAAAGAGAUUGUUCGACAAGAAUCAUCAUAUGAGCCUGGUGGACGUAGUAGACUAUGGUUCUACAAAGACGUUCUUCAUGUCUUACAACAAGACACGGGGACUCACCAAAUUGAAGCCAUAGUUCUAGACUUACCUGAAAGCAUAGAAGUACAAUGGAGUGGAGAGGCAUUCAUGAAAAUGAAAAAUCUAAAAAUGCUUGUGAUAAGAAAAGCAUGCUUCUCUGAAUGUCCCAAAUAUCUGCCAAGGAGUUUGAAGUGGUUAGAAUGGAAGGGGUAUUCUUUCAAAUUUUUACCAUCUUUGUGCCCAACUGAGCUUGUCUAUCUUGACUUGUCCUUUAGUUAUUGUGAAUUGCUCCAACCAUUUGACAAGCAAAUACCUGACUUGUCUGGAGCUUCUAAUUUAAGAGAAUUGUGGCUUGAUGGUUGCACAAAUUUAAUUGGAAUUCAUGAUUCAGUGGGGUGUUUAAAUCAAUUGAGAGAAUUGAGCGCUAUGCGAUGCAAAAAUUUGAAGAUUUUGCCAACUUGCCUUAAGUUGACCUUUCUUAAGCAUCUCAACCUCUUUGGUGUUCAAGUCUUCAGAGAUUUCCAGAAGUAUUAG